AUGGAUGCCAAGGGAAAUGAUAUAUGGGUGCAUAUCCCACCAGUGCUGCAAGAACACUUCAAACGAUUGCUGAAGGAACAGCAGGUCUACACCAUUAAAAACUUUGAGCUUCACACAACCCAACUGAAAUAUCGCCCCAUUGCCAAUACGAAGACUACUGUUGAGCAUGUUCCCGAUGUCUCUUCCAUUCCUGCCUUCAAAUUCAAAUUCCUCAAAGCAAGUGAGAUGGCAUCUAAAUUGAAUGAUGUGGUCGUCCUCUCAGGUUACAACCGCAAUUUAUUCAGUGGUUGA